AUGGUUAAAUAUGUAGUCGCUACCUACAAGGCCGAUCCUAAUCGCGUAUUUUCUAUGGGAACUUCCUCGGGGGCGAUGAUGACGAAUGUUUUAAUUGGCGUUUACCCUGAUGUUUUUGCUGCUGAUGUUUGGUCGAACGAUUGCGCAACGGGUCAGAUCGUCAAGACUGGGGAACAAUGGAAGAUCAUCGUUCAAGCGGCAUACCCUGGCUACACUGGAUUCAGGCCAAAGAUGUGGGUUUUGCAUGGAACAAACGAUACAACGCUUUAUCCUCAAAAUUUGCGGGAAGAAAUCAAGGAAUGGACAUCUGUGCUUCACCAAUCUACAACUCCUCUGACUACUAGAUCGAACUGGCCGGACGCAGAUUGGACUACAUGGAACUAUGGAACAAAGUUUAGGGCUACAAGCGCUGCAGGCGUAACGCAUAAUAUCCCCACAAAUGAAAGUGUUGUUAUAGAUUAUUUCGAUUUGAAGUGGAUAUAUGGACCAACCCAGUGUGUCGAUGGAAGUUAUUGCAGUGAGAACAGCUUCUAUUGGCAAUGUUUACCAAUUACCAAGAAAACAUUGGGAACAAGAAGCUAG